AUGCAAAGAUUAAAACUUGCUAAAGAAUUAAUAUCUGCAUUAUAUUGUUUUAUAUCGUUCAUGCAUCUUAAUGGUGGUGGUAUUAGAUUACAUAAUUUUGGAUCAUUUAAACAACCAAUUCACUCAAGUCAACAACAUUAUUUCAACUUGACACAAUAUUUGGAUUCUCAAAAAAAGUUUUAUAGAAGAUCAAAAAAAAGUAGUCUUGGUAUAUUAUUUUGGGAAAUUUCAAGUGGAACAAUUCCCUUUGAGAAUAAAUAUAUUGAAGCUGUUGGAGAUUUGAACCUGAAACGUCCUGAUAUUGAACAAAAAACUGACUGA